GGAAAAGACAAAGCAGAGGCUGCAGAAUGAGGUGGAGGACCUGAUGAUUGACGUGGAGCGAGCAAAUGCUGCCUGCGCAGCUCUGGACAAGAAGCAGAAGAACUUUGACAAGAUCCUGGCGGAGUGGAAGCAGAAGUACGAGGAAACGCAGGCUGAGCUGGAGGCCUCCCAGAAGGAGUCUCGCUCCCUCAGCACAGAGUUGUUCAAGAUGAAGAAUGCCUAUGAGGAGUCCCUGGACCACCUGGAAACGCUGAAGCGUGAGAACAAGAACUUGCAGC